UGUUGAUUUGGUCACACUACGUCGAAUUAAGGCGGGAGUUUCGUGAAAAACAAUGGAUUCGGAAUUGCUGCCACUUAGAAAGCGCAUAACAAACAACUUUAAGCUAUGCGGAUUCUUGAUUCGCUCGGAGAACAGCACCUACCUGGCCGAGCAGUUGCUUCCCUUCGAUGCUGCCGAGCGAGACAAAUGGCUAACGGUGAUAACAGAGAAUCUUCAGGGCCAAAAGCUGGCGACCCCUCAUGUGGAGCGCGCAGCUUUGGAGAAGGCCAUCAACGAACUCAACCGAGUGGGUCUGGACGAGGGAGAGACAGUGUUCGCCCUGAUUGACGCGUUCACAAUUCCACGAUACCGGUACAACAGCCGGGUGAAGAAGUUCGAACUGGAUACCCAGCCACGAAAACUGUUGACAGCUCCCCGCAUGAAAUUCGACUAUAUGCAGCAGCGAUAUGCCAUGCUACUACAAAAGACCCUGCGGCACGAUCUUUUUGCUCCGGCUGUGAUCCAGGACGGGGUGGGCGCCGAGGCUCAGGCCAAGAAGUUCAAGCUGCAGUUCGCCGAGAAUCUACUAGCCACCUCGGCCAUGAAAGAAGCGGUAGUGCUAGGCCUGCUCACGCAGCUCAAGGAGGGAAAGUUCUACGUGGAGGAUCCAACAGGCUGUGUCCAGCUGGAUCUUAGUGGCGCUCGCUUUCAUGCCGGUUUCUUUUGCGAGGGCUGCUUUGUACUGGCCGAGGGCAAAUACUCCAAUGGUGUUUUGAAAGUUGAUGGCUUGGGAUUUCCUCCUGCGGAACCAGCUACAAGUAGUCGGGCGUUCUUUGGCACUGCCAACACCUGGGGUGGAGAAUCUGCCAAGCUGCUAAAGUACUCUCCCCGAUUACAGGAGCUGGAACGAACCAAUACAGAGACCACCAUUGUCUUCCUCUCCGACGUUCGACUGGAUCUGCCCGUAGUCAUGGAGAAACUCCGUCAGCUCUUCGUAGGCUACGAUUCCUGUCCGCCCCAAGCCAUUGUACUCAUGGGACCUUUUACGUCCAGUACCCGCAAUCACCAUGAGCUGCGUCAUCAUUUGGAUGCACUUGGUGGCCUAGCAGCCGGGUGCGAGCAGCUGAAGAAGCAAACAGACCUGAUUCUAGUUCCCUCAUCAGAGGAUCCCACGGCACCAAAUAUUUUGCCCAGGGCUCCUAUACCCGAGUGCCUGGCAGCAGGACUGCUGAAGGCCUGGCCCCGCGCCCAGAUGGCCACGAAUCCCUGCCGACUCCAGUAUUGCACCCAGCAAAUAGUUGUCUGCCGACUUGAUUUGAUGGCCAAGUUCUGCCGAAAUACGUUGCACUUCCCAGAGGACACAGCCCAAAUUGAGCAGCACUUUGCAAGGACGAUUGUUUGCCAGGGUCACUUAGUACCCAUUCAUCCGAUUGCCAUGCCUGUUCAUUGGGACUACGAUCCUGCUUUGUGGCUAUAUCCACUGCCCGACUUGAUUGUUAUGGGCGACUCGUGUCAGAGCUUCAGUAGCGUCCAACAUGGUUGCACUGUUCUCAAUACCGGCUCCUUUGUAAAGUCCAAGUUUGCCUUUAAGGUCUAUAUUCCUGCCACGCGAACGAUUGAGGACUCGGAGAUACCGGACGACAUGGAGUAGUUUAAAUACAAAUAUUUAUAAAGUCAUAAUUUAUUAGAUUAAAAAUUCUCUAAGGA